ACGUCAUAAAAAGGACAGAAGGGAAAAGGGAUUGUCAGCGGGUCGUUAUAAGGACGCAGACUGUUAAAAUUUUCAGAAACAAAAUAGAGCUAAGUGUUCUUCCAUUGCCAAAAUGUACGGUAAAGCUUCAAUCUGCGUCGUUUUCGUAUUUCUCCUCUUAAUUACCUAUUCAAUCUUCAUCGGCUCUGUCGAUCUCCGAUCCUACUUCUUCCCGCUGCUACAGUCAUCUCCGGCACCGCAGUCCCUCUGCGCAAUCGACCGUCCUCUCCGCGUCUACAUGUACGAUCUCCCGCGGAAAUUCCAUGUGGCAAUGAUGGAUCGCAGGAGCUCCGAGGAGGAGGGUCCGGUGACCAAAGACAACCUGCCGCCGUGGCCGCCCAGUUCCGGUAUCAAGAGGCAGCAUAGUGUGGAGUAUUGGCUGAUGGCGUCACUGUUGAAUGAUGGCGACGAAGAAGAGCGAGAGGCCGUUAGGGUUACGGAUCCUGAAAAGGCGGAUGCCUUUUUUGUUCCGUUUUUCUCUUCGUUGAGUUUCAAUACUCAUGGGCAUAACAUGACGGAUCCGGAAACUGAGAAGGAUCGACAAUUGCAGAUUGAGUUACUUGCGUUCUUGCGAAAAUCCAAGAUCUGGCAGAGAUCGAAAGGCAGAGACCAUAUAAUUCCCAUGACACAUCCAAAUGCUUUCAGAUUUCUUCGACAAGAGGUGAAUGCAUCUAUUCUUAUUGUUGUAGAUUUCGGCCGCUACCCUAGAAGCAUGUCAAAUUUGAACAAAGAUGUCGUGUCUCCUUAUGUGCAUGUCGUGAAUUCUUUCAUAGAUGACAACACUUCUGAUCCAUUUGAUUCUCGCACCACACUCCUUUUCUUCCGGGGCAAUACACUCAGGAAAGAUCAAGGUAAAAUUCGCGUCAAACUAGAAAAGAUACUAUCUGGUUAUGAUGAUGUUCAUUAUGAGCGAAGUGUAGCAACAACAAAAGCCAUUCAGGCGUCUACACAGGGGAUGCGUUCAUCAAAAUUCUGUCUUCAUCCUGUUGGUGAUACACCUUCAUCUUGCCGUCUGUUUGAUGCAAUUGUGAGCCACUGUGUUCCUGUAAUUGUCAGUGACCAAAUUGAGCUCCCUUUUGAGGAUGAACUCGACUAUACUGAAUUUUCAAUUUUCUUCUCCAUGAAAGAGGCAUUGAAGCCAGGUUACAUGGUAAAUCAGCUCCGGCAAAUUUCAAAGGAGAGAUGGCUUGAAAUGUGGAGACGACUUAAAAAUAUCUCCCAUCACUUUGAAUUCCAGUACCCUCCAAAGAAGGAAGAUGCCGUCAAUAUGUUAUGGAGACAGGUAAAGCACAAGCUUCCAGGGGUCGAACUAGCUGUACAUAGAAACCGUAGAUUGAAAAUUCCAGAAUGGUGGAGUCGGAGGAGAUGAUUUCAAAAGGUUCAUCGUAUGCACUGUACAUCCUCUAUCUUCUCAUCAUUUACAGUGACUAUACCACACAUGGAAUAAUAGACACACAACCCACCAUUGUGGACGGCUUUACAGGAAUUAUGAUUCAUGGUUGCAUUCUUCAUUUAUGUUGAGGGACAAGAACAACUAAUUAAGACAUACAGAGGUUCUUUCUUUUUCUGGCAACUGCAGGAGUGAGUUCUUGAUAAUGUAACAAUAUGAUAUAGGGCUUAUACAGUUAUUCUUUUAUCAUCAUCAUUUGACAUUUUGUGUUAGAUCAUUCAGUCAAAGAGAUCGAGCUAAGUGGUUCUUUGUUAGCUGGCUUACAACGUAUUCCCUUCACUUCAUAGCAAGAAUACUUGCCUUUGUUUACAGGUGAAAUUCGAACUGGGCUCCCCUUUCUCUGUUCCCCUGGCGUAUAUGCUAAAUAUAUGAGAAUACUUUAG